CGCCACCAGGCGGACUUCCGGUGUAGAGGUUGAAUGGCGCAUGCGCGACCGGAAGUGUGGGCGGAAGUGAAGGAAGGAGGAAAGAUGGCGGGUUACGGCGUGGCCAACGAGAGGCUGCGGGCGUUGGAGGAGCUGGAGAGAGAGAUCGGGGUCGCGCUGCAGAGCGCGGGGUCGGUGAUCCUGGAGCUGUCCAAGGAGAAGGCCGCAGAGCGGCUCCUGGAGCGCCAGGCCGCGGCCUUUGGGGCGGCUGUGGCCAAAGUGGAGGCCGAGCUGGGGGCACAGAUCCGGUACCUCACACAGGUGGCCACGGGGCAGCCCCACGAAGGCUCCAGUUACGCGGCCAGGAAGGGCUGCCAGCUGGCACUGAACAGGAUGGAGUACGCCAGGAGGAGGAUCGGGGAGCUGCAGAGGGGAUGUCAGCAGCUGCUGGAUGCUUAAUGGGGGGAGAUAGGGGGAGAUAUGGGGA